AUGAUCACUAAUUUUUUCGUAAAUCUGUUUAGCCAAUCCAUUGCUAGUACUCUUGAACAUUGGAGCAAUCUGGGGAGUAGUAAAUUGAAUGAGACUGAGAAUGCCCUUAUUACUUGUAAUGUCACCGAUGAGGAGGUUUGGAAAGCUGUGAAAAAUAUUAGUGCUUUCAAAGCACCUGGUAGAGAUGGGUUUCAAGCUAUAUUUUAUCAUAACUACUGGUCUAUUGUUGGUCCUUUUAUUUGUGACUUUGUCAAAACUUGUUUUCACAACAAGCAUAUUCCUGUUGAGAUUAACAGAACUCUUGUUGCCUUAAUUCCUAAAGUUGAAAAUCCAGAGAACAUUAAACAAUUUAGGCCUAUUAGUCUAUGUAAUGUGACCUAUAAGAUUAUCUCUAAAAUCCUUGUUAGUAGAAUUAGACCUUUCUUGAGUAAAAUUGUUAGAUCCAAUCAAUGGAAGCAGGGGGGCAUGAUUUUAAAAGUUGACUUGGAAAAAGCCUAUGACAACAUAUCUUGGGAUUUCUUAAAACAAACCCUUGAGGAGUUCAAUUUUGAUAAAAACUUCAUUGAUAUUGUUACGUGUUGUGUUACUACUGUGAGGACUGCUAUUAUUUGGAAUGGGGAACCUCUUGAGGAAUUUCAACGCCACAGGGGUUUGAGACAAGGCGGCCCUUUAUCCCCUUACCUCUUUGUCUUAUGCAUGGAGAGGCUAUCAAACAUGAUAAGCUUCAAGGCUGAGAACAAGAGUUGGAAGGGGAUACAAGUUACUAGAGGUGGUCUUAGCCUCACUCACUUGUUCUUUGCGGAUGAUCUCAUGUUGUUUGGCCAAGCUACCAUGGAAACUUGUAACAUAAUUAUGACUGUUAUGGAGAAAUUUUUUGAUAUCUCUGGAUUAAGGGUUAACCCCCACAAAUCCAAGAUGUUUGUUUCCUCCAAUGUUGACAGAAAGAGGGCUAAAGAGCUGAGCACCAAAUGUGGUAUCUCCCUAACAAACCUAGCUACUCUCAUUAAGUCAGUAGGCUCUGCCAUACCUUUCUACACCAUGCAAACUAUGCUUAUUCCUAAAAGAGAUUGGUGGUAUGGAGACAAGGCCUUUGUGGACCUUGAAUCCAAUACUAACCAAAACUUACACAAUAAUUGCAAUUUUGAUAAUAAUGUGAAAGAGCUGCUUAAUUCUGAUGGCAGUUGGAAUGAGAUCAAAGUUCACAGAUUAUGCACUCCUAACAUUGCAUCUUUGAUCUUGAAUAAUCCUCAUCCAGGCAUUUGGGAGAUGGAUAGUCCCCUCUGGAAGGGGUCAUCUGCUGGUUCUUUCAAUGUUUCAUCUGUGUAUAACCUCAUCCUUGGUGAGACUGAGAAUGAGGAGGAUUGGAAUUGGUUAUGGAGGAUACGAAUAUCCCAAAAACUCAAAGGCUUCCUUUGGACUGUGUUCCAUGGGAAACUACUUACCAAUCAAAUGAGAUUAAAAAGGGAUCUGACUGAUGAUCCUAAAUGCCCUAAUUGUUGUGGGGUGGAGGAUAUGUCACACCUCUUUAGGGACUGUUUCAAAGUAAAGGAAGUGUGGCUAGCUAUUUUUAAUCAAAAUUGGUACCGGGAUAUGAUGAAGAUGCCUUGGUUGGAUUGGCUCAAGAGUAAUGCCAAAAACAAAGAACUUUUUAACGACACCAUCUCUUGGCAAUCUGUUUUUACUAUUUCCUUAUGGAAAAUUUGGAAGAAUAGGAAUUUAAUGAUUUUUGAACAAAAAUCUACUCCAAGUCAAGAGAGUUUUAAUUUUAUUUUGGAUUAUUCUAGAGAGAUUAACCAAGCAUUCCUUCAAUCUAUAUCCAAGACCAAACCUGCAUUCAGAAUUAUUAAUUGGUGUCUUCCACCUGUAGGUAGACCAAAAUUAAAUACGGAUGGCAGCAAGAGAGUUGGUGGCGAUGGAGGAUUUGGGGGCCUAAUCAGAUAUGAAAGAGGAACUUGGGUGUGUGGUUACUAUGGAAAAUUGCACAGUGGAACCAGUCUAGAAGCUGAAUUGUGGGCUGUAUACAAAUGGUUGACUAUCAUACUACAAAAAGGAAUGAACCAGGUCAUGAUUGAGACGGAUGCUGAACAGGUGGUGCAAUUGCUACAAGAAGAACCAGGGGAUAGAUGCCCUUUCAAGAACUUGGUGGAGGAUGCCCAGAUUCUUGUCAGAGGGUGUGAAUGCUCUGUGCAACAUGUAUGGAAAGAAGGCAAUUUGUGUGCUGAUUUUUUGGCAAAAAUGGGAGCCAACCAACCCGAAGAAAUACUGGUGAUGAAUAAUCCAUCAGUAGAGUUAAGAGAGCUGCUUGUUUCUGAUAUGAUAGGAUUGGGCAAGAAGAGCACUUAG